AUGAAGAGUCCAAAUUACAAACUGAAGCGGCCCGCUGGUCCUCUCCAGCAGAUAAUCGUCACAGAUAAGACAGCGGCAGUGCGUCCUUUCGUGGUUGGUGCUAUUCUUCGGAAUGUUACUUUCGAUCCAGAUAACUACGCGUCCUUCAUUGAUCUGCAGGACAAGCUUCAUCAAAAUAUUUGUCGAAAGCGAACUUUGGUGGCUAUUGGUACACACGAUCUGGACACUGUUUCUGGUCCAUUCAAAUACACCGCUGACUUGCCAAAGGACAUAAAGUUCGUCCCUCUCAAUCAAACUAAGGAAUUCACUGCCUGCGAAUUAAUGGAAUUCUACUCAACUGACAGCCACUUGAAGCCUUAUCUGCCAAUCAUUCGUGAUAAAGAGCGGUAUCCAGUCAUUUACGAUGCAAAUGGAAUAGUGUGCUCCAUGCCUCCUAUUAUAAAUGGCGAACACUCGAAAAUCACCCUCAAUACAAAAAACAUUUUUAUAGAAGCGACCGCGACGGAUUUGCAAAAGGUUUUUUUUAGUUCCGUCUGCUUCUUUCUUCCAUUAACCUUCCUUUCGCAGGCAACCGUCGUCCUUGACACUGUUGUAACAAUGUUCAGUCAGUAUUGCAAGGAACCGUUCACGAUAGAACCAGUAGAAGUGUUUUACGAGGAGAGCGGUCGGAGAGAAGAGUACCCUGUACUUUCGUGCCGGGAAAUUAUGGUGCGUGUUUCUGAGAUUAACACAAAGAUAGGAUUCCAACUUGACGCUCAAACUAUGGCUGAUUUGCUUAUUAAAAUGUCACUCAAAGCAAAAGUUGUUUCCGAGAAUACCUUGAAGGUGACCAUUCCUCCCACGAGGCACGAUAUACUGCAUGAAUGCGAUGUUGCCGAGGACGUGGGUGUGGCGUAUGGCUUCAACAACUUAGUUUGCCGACUUCCUGAGUCGAACACUGUAGCCGAAGUGUUUCCGUUGAAUAAGUUAUCGGAUCUACUUCGGGGAGAGAUAGCAGCUGCCGGUUGGACGGAAGCUCUCAACUUUGCCUUAUGCUCAAGAGAAGAUAUUUCCACGCGUCUGAGGGACGACAAGGCACUUGAGAAUGCCGUACAUAUUUCGAAUCCGAAAACGCAGGAAUUCCAGGUUGCCCGAUCAUCACUGCUCCCUGGCCUGAUGAAGACGCUUUCAUCAAAUCGAGAUAUGCCACUACCUCUAAAACUAUUCGAGCUUCAAGACGUCAUAAUGAAGGAUCCAUCUUCUGACGUAGGAGCGCGGAAUGAACGCCGUUUAGGCGCCGUUUACUAUAACAAGACUGCUGGAUUCGAAAUUGUUCAUGGAUUUCUUGACCGAGUAAUGCGGUUGUUGGACGUGAACCCUUCCAAAGAAAAUGGGUACUACAUCAGAGCAAGCGAUAAUCCUACGUUCUUCCCUGGACGCUGCGCUUCCAUAAUUGGUCCAGGAAAUGUUACAUUAGGAGUUUUAGGU